GAAUACCGCGGCCGCCUCGCCAUAAUAACAAUCAACAACCCCACCAAGCUCGGCGCUCUCAACGGCCAAGGGUACUACGACCUCGCCCAAGCCCUCCGCCAGGUCGCCACCCACGACGAAGUCUUCAUCACCCUCCUCAUCGGAACAGGCCGUUUCUUCUCCGCCGGCGCAGACGUCACCAUCACCCGAACAACCCCCUCCACCUCCAGCACCACCCCCCAUCAGCAAUGGCUCUCCUCCUUCGUAGCCAACAACCUAAACGCCACCCACGCCUUCUACACCCACCCCAAAAUCCUCAUCACCGCCCUCAACGGCCCCGUAAUCGGCCUCUCCGCCGCCCUCAUUUCUUUCAGUGACUUCAUCUACGCCGUCCCGCACACCUUCCUCCUGACCCCCUUCUCCUCCCUCGGCCUCGUCGCCGAGGGCGGUGCCUCCAGGCAGCUCGUCCAAAAACUCGGACCUGCCAGAUCAGGCGAGGCGUUGAUCAUGAGCCGCAAGAUUGAGAGCGCGCAGUUGGAACAGUGCGGGUUUGUCAACAAGGUCUUUGCAGAAGUCGGCAAGGGUGACGGGGAGGAUGAAAAGUUCAAGAGGUUGGUUUUGGCAGAAAUUGACGACAAGCUCGGGGAGCAUCUAGUUGGGGAGUCGCUGCUCGGAAUCAAGAAACUGAUUCGUCGUCCCGAGAGGGAGGUUCUCGACAGCCACAACGUCGCCGAGGUGUUUGCUGGACUGGAGAGGUUCGUCAGCGGGGUGCCGCAGGGGGAGUUUGAAAAGAUUGCUAGUGGGAAGAAGAGGCAUAAGCUUUAG